UAGAAAAUGGCUCCAAGAGCGAAGAAACCACCAGCGGCUAUCGCAAGGCAAAGACCUAGUUCAAAAUCCGCGACACAGAAGGAAGCAACUACUAAACGAGGUCGACCAGCACCGCGUAGAUUAAAAAAGAUACAGAAAUCGAAAGAUAAAGGAAGAACGGGCAAGGUUACAGAAAAAUUAAAAGGAUGGCUGCAAACACCGGCCGAUUGGGCGCGUUUCAAUGCCUGGGCAAAAAUCAACGCUCAACCGAAGAAGAUCCCGGAACACGAGCCUAUAGUCCGACCAUCGAGGCCGCUGUGUCAACUGAGAAAAAGAUUAAAAAUCUUGGCGCAACCCCGCAAGACACCCGAUCCAAGGAUCAAUUGCGUUUUGGAUCACAGUAUCUCGAAAGCAGCGUUGAUCUUUUGCCCGUCGAGGCGACUGGUCCUCCUGUCCUUGCCAAACGUGAGGCUGUGCGACUAUGGCCGAGUGUUUUAUAAAGUCUCCCCGGCAGCCCUCAAGUACGAAGCUUCCGACAGGAUCUGCGAGCUAAGUCAGCCCCGCGUCCACCUUCCCGAGGAAUGCAAGCCCCCUAGGGUACGGAUGUGCGAGCAGAGACGGGUGGUUGACCCGGAAAGACUGAAAAAAUUGGCUCUGGCAAAAAAAUUGCUUCACUGUCCCGAGCAAUUGACUCCCGAAGAAAUCGCUGAAAUAUUUACGCCGCACGGUAUAAAGAGAUCUGCGCUCGUGUACGAGAUUACGCCAUGGAUGGAGUACUUGGCGCUUCCUUCGUACAAGAGGAUAAAAUACCGGAAAGAUGAGAACGCGUUAACUUGGAAGAAAGUGAUAAUCGAGGACGGCCCGGAAAGAGGUAAAAGUGCUCUAGCCGAGCAAGAAAAGAGAAUUGGAAGAAAAAGAAAAUACAAGGAACUGGAGGAAGGAGAGGAAGGAGAGGAAGGAGAGGAAAAGGGCGGCGACGGUGACGCGGAACCGAAGGACGAUGAAGAGAAGAAAGCUAAACGACGAAAAAUUGAGAAACACGCAUGGAGGUAUGCACCGCAUCCAUGCAAAGAUGAUCCUUACGUUGUAAAAAGAGGAGUGUUAGAGGGCAAAGUGCCACCGGGUUUGGAAAAAUUAGCUGAACCACGCGUGCAUAAAAGUAAAGCCAUCAGAUCCGAUCCCUUCAAGGUGAGAAAGGGGGCUUUAACCGCGUCAGCUUCCGCGAGAGUAGAGUCUUUGGCGAAGCCGAUCAAUCCCCUGAGUCCGAUAGAGAGGAGACCUCCGCGCGAAAAGGAUAAAUACGGAAAGCCGAUUUUUAAAAUGCCUGUAUAUGGAAAAGUGUUGCCCAAAGUUAAAGAGUACAAAAUGCGCGACUGUCCGCCGGAAGACAAAGAGAAGACGAAGAAAGUCGCUAAGAAGCGUCCGAUCGAUCCGAUUGCUUACGAACCGACUUACGAUCCUUGUAUCUACCCGGGCUUGGCGAAGAGACAGAAGAGAGAAAGGAAAAGGGCUGAAAGAGUUCGGACGAAGAAACAGACGAAACAAAAGGAAAUCGAGACGAAUAAAGAAGACGAGGAAGAAAAAUAGAAAGUUUGCAUAUUAUACGAAUAAAAAGAAAGGAAACAAGGAAAAAUUGUUUGUUGAUUAAGUUUACUUUUCGGCGACAAAGUAGCGCGCCGCUCGAGACGUAUAACUUUGUCGCGGACUUGACCGUACCGAGGUAAAUUGUUAACGAUACCGAUACGUGACCGAACUACAAACGAUAACAACGCGGUCAAAUGAAAUAUUGACGCGCGAUAUGUCUCUUAAGGAAAUACGAGGUUUACGUUACGGAUUUUUCCUCGAUAUUACGUAAGCGUGUCGCAAGUUGACGCAUCUGUAAAUGAACGAGUUCUAAGUAAAUAAGGAAAGUGCGAUAGUAACAUGGAUAUAAUAGGUAUUCGAAAAAAGUUCGUGGCGUCUUGCCACUAGAUGGAUUUAACAUCGUUGCUUGCUUGUUUUAGUACAGUGCAUGGGGCUCUUUCUCUGUUUCAUAUUGCACUACUAGGUGUACACCAAUCUUUACAAUUCAAAUGGAGCUUCUUUUAAGAGUUCUGACUUUCAUUUCCAUUUAUAAUCAUAUUUCCAACCCGUGGAUUCCAACAUGUGGAUUUAACAUGUCCAUACCCAUCUCAAAAUAGUUUGACGCCUGCACUGGGUGUUGAAUAAAUCUUGACUAUACAUUGUGGACAUAAAACAAAAUACCGCAAAGAUAUAUCGUGUCUCAAGUAAAUAGUGACACGAUAAGAAAGUAUAAUUAGCAC